AUGUUGUGUCCGUCCUAUUAUUGAAAGAGAUUUGAGCGCAUUGUUUAGCAAUCAUCCCAGAAGGUGUUUCAAUGUGACAGUUCAGUUAUUGAUUUAAUGAAAUGGCCUAUAUACUUCCUUUUGCUAUAUCGUACUCCACUUAACGAGGCAGAACUUCUGUAACUUUUGGUCCUCGUCUCUUUCUUUCCAGAGGGGAGGAUGCGAUGACGGGAGACAUUAACGACUCCAUUGACUUUGUGCUGCUGAACUUUGCUGAGAUGAAUAAGCUGUGGGUGCGCAUGCAGCACCAGGGCCACAGCCGAGACAGGGAGAAGAGGGAGAAGGAGAGGCAGGAGCUGCGCAUCCUGGUCGGGACCAACCUGGUUCGACUCAGCCAGCUGGAGGGGGUCAACGUGGAAAAGUAUAAACAGGUUUGUGUUUACAUGUCUGCAUAUAUAUAUAUAUAUAUAUAUAUAUAUAUAUAUAUUAUAUAUAUAUAUAUAUAUAUAUACUGCUCAAAAAAAUAAAGGGAACACUUAAACAACACAAUGUAACUCCAAGUCAAUCACACUUCUCUGAAAUCAAACUGUCCACUUAGGAAGCAACACUGAUUGACAAUAAAUUUCACAUGCUGUUGUGCAAAUGGAAUAGACAACAGGUGGAAAUUAUAGGCAAUUAGCAAGACACCCCCAAUAAAGGAAUGGUUCUGCAGGUGGUGACCACAGACCACUUCUCAGUUCCUAUGCUUCCUGGCUGAUGUUUUGGUCACUUUUGAAUGCUGGCGGUGCUUUCACUCUAGUGGUAGCAUGAGACGGAGUCUACAACCCAUAUAAGUGGCUCAGGUAGUGCAGCUCAUCCAGGAUGGCACAUCAAUGCGAGCUGUGGCAAGAAGGUUUGCUGUGUCUGUCAGCGUAGUGUCCAGAGCAUGGAGGCGCUACCAGGAGACAGGCCAGUACAUCAGGAGACGUGGAGGAGGCCGUAGGAGGGCAACAACCCAGCAGCAGGACCGCUACCUCCGCCUUUGCAAGGAGGAGCAGGAGGAGCACUGCCAGAGCCCUGCAAAAUGACCUCCAGCAGGCCACAAAUGUGCAUGUGUCUGCUCAAACGGUCAGAAACAGACUCCAUGAGGGUGGUAUGAGGGCCCGACGUCCACAGGUGGGGGUUGUGCUUACAGCCCAACACCGUGCAGGACGUUUGGCAUUUGCCAGAGAACACCAAGAUUGGCAAAUUCGCCACUGGCGCCCUGUGCUCUUCACAGAUGAAAGCAUGUUCACACUGAGCACAUGUGACAGUCUGGAGACGCUGUGGAGAACGUUCUGCUGCCUGCAACAUCCUCCAGCAUGACCGGUUUGGCGGUGGGUCAGUCAUGAUGUGGGGUGACAUUUCUUUGGGGGGCCGCACAGCCCUCCAUGUGCUCGCCAGAGGUAGCCUGACUGCCAUUAGGUACCGAGAUGAGAUCCUCAGACCCCUUGUGAGACCAUAUGCUGGUGCGGUUGGCCCUGGGUUCCUCCUAAUGCAAGACAAUGCUAGACCUCAUGUGGCUGGAGUGUGUCAGCAGUUCCUGCAAGAGGAAGGCAUUGAUGCUAUGGACUGGCCCGCCCGUUCCCCAGACCUGAAUCCAAUUGAACACAUCUGGGACAUCAUGUCUCGCUCCAUCCACCAACGCCACGUUGCACCACAGACUGUCCAGGAGUUGGCGGAUGCUUUAGUCCAGGUCUGGGAGGAGAUCCCUCAGGAGACCAUCCGCCACCUCAUCAGGAGCAUGCCCAGGCGUUGUAGGGUGGUCAUACAGGCACGUGGAGGCCACACACACUACUGAGCCUCAUUUUGACUUGUUUUAAGGACAUUACAUCAAAGUUGGAUCAGCCUGUAGUGUGGUUUUCCAUUUUAAUUUUGAGGGUGACUCCAAAUCCAGACCUCCAUGAGUUGAUCAAUUUGAUUUCCAUUGAUCAUUUUUUUUGUGAUUUUGUUGUCAGCACAUUCAACUAUGUAAAGAAAAAAGUAUUUAAGAUUAUUUCAUUCAUUCAGAUCUAGGAUGUGUUAUUUUAGUGUUCCCUUUAUUUUUUUGAGCAGUGUAUAUAUAGCUGUACAUUUGCAUGUACUAGAAGUACAGUGGAACGCUUGACAUUAACUCUGAAUGCUAAUGUUCUGAUUAAUCUGAAACUGACGUGAAGACUGUAGUUAAUAUUAAUCAGUAUGUUUUUUUGCCACUCAGAUAUUGGCUUGCAAAUGUAUUCAUGUACUUGAAUUGAGAGCAUCAUGCCAUGCAGAGGAGAAUAGGAGCACAGCAUGCAUAAAGAGAAUAAAGAGCACCUGUAGAAUUACAUAGGGUUUAGCCUUUGUUGUUUGUCUAGCUGAGGGCGUGGAGACUGGAGAAGAUUAUCCAUGUCAAGCUCUGAGAGGGGUUCUUAACCCUGAGCACCUCUUUUGAUGUUUUAUUUCUCGUAUUAUAUCUACUUUACCUUAGAAAUUAUGUUUGGCAAAGAAGGAUUCAACAUCGGAUAAAAUAUUACAUUGAAUAUGUAGUACAACGUGCAGAAAAUAAACAAAUACGUAAGUCCCUUAUAUCUAGAGUGGAUGCCCAUUGUGUUACAUUGUAUUUGGGUUAUUUUUCUCCCCAGAUUGUGCUGUCCGGUGUCCUAGAGCAGGUGGUAAACUGCAGAGAUUCCCUGGCUCAAGAAUAUCUCAUGGAGUGCAUUAUUCAGGUAACUACUGUUCUCAUAUCAACAGCAGCAACUAUGUAUGUCAUGGUGGGUUUCUUUUUCCAGUUUGUCAUUGCGUCAAGGUCUGUAGUAGGAAAUGCAACCCAUUAACUAUUACUGAUUCAUCACAUAGACUGGUCACAUGGUAGAGGAGUCACCCUGCUGUCUCUGGCCUGGCUCUUCUCCUCUUCUAUAACAGGUUUUCCCUGAUGAGUUCCACCUUCAGACACUGAACCUAUUCCUUCGUUCCUGUGCCGACCUGCAUCAGCACGUCAAUGUCAAAAACAUCAUCAUCGCUCUCAUUGAUAGGUGAUGUAAUCUCGGCUACAUAUGAUUUCAGUUCAAUCAGUACACUACAUACAGGAUUGCAAUUUUCCUUGGUAUUGUAUUGAAGCCCACUGACGUGAUUUGUCUUCUCUGUUUUAGACUGGCUUUGUUUGCUCACCGAGAAGAUGGACCUGGAAUCCCUGCUGAAAUCAAACUGUUUGAUAUUUUCUCCCAACAAGUAGCCACAGUUAUACAGGUAAAUGAUGGAGAAAGGAUUUACUCUUUUUUUUCUCCUCUCUUGGUAAUCCAUGUUCCCAUUGAUUUGCUCGUUAGAAAUUCCCCUGCAGAUAUUGUUUUGCUGUAUUGAUAUCUCUCGCUCAAAAGACAAAAUCAGGCACAAAAUCUAGAUCUGGUUUUCCUCUCAGUUUAAGUAAUUCAACUGAAGUAGGCUACAUUAUAUGUUAUUACAUAUUUUGUAUUUAAUGUUUUCCACCCAGUCCCGCCAGGACAUGCCUUCGGAGGAUGUGGUCUCACUACAGGUGUCCCUCAUCAACCUGGCCAUGAAGUGCUACCCUGACCGGGUGGACUAUGUGGACAAGGUGUUGGAGAGCACAGUGGAGAUCUUCAACAAGCUCAACCUGGAGCAGUAAGAGCACUGCCAUGUCCCCAUCUCAAUGUUACAUAGUUGAUCAUCUGGAUAGUUCUGGUCCUCCUUUGUUUGGUAGAGGAAUUCAAUGUGGCAUCAGACCAAAGAUAUACAUGAAUGGAAAUUAAAAUCAAAUGAUAUUAGCUGGGGUUACGUUAAUGCCGAAUUCUGUGUUUUUCACGCAGAAAAAAAGAUAAAACGCAUAAGAAAUAUCUUGCUGCGUUUUGUAAACGCAGAUCUAAAAUGCUUCUUAUUUUAAUUUCUGCUGGUCAUCAGACACAUUUUUUACUUUAGUUGCACUUCUCCACUCUGAUGAGAAUUAAUGAACGUGCAUUCUAGCAGCAGACAGCACUCUAACUGAUGUGUUGCUACCUCUCUCGGUGUAGCCUACUUUUCUAUGGUAAAAUGCAAGACUAACUUCAAGCAAAACAUUAGGAAAUGUAGCUGACUACAUUAUUUCUAUGAUAAACAUUAGAAAUACAGUGGGGGAAAAAAGUAUUUAGUCAGCCACCAAUUGUGCAAGUUCUCCCACUUAAAAAGAUGAGAGAGGCCUGUAAUUUUCAUCAUAGGUACACGUCAACUAUGACAGACAAAUUGAGAAAAGAAAAUCACAUUGUAGGAUUUUUUAUGAAUUUAUUUGCAAAUUAUGGUGGGAAAUAAGUAUUUGGUCACCUACAAACAAGAUUUCUGGCUCUCACAGACCUGUAACUUCUUCUUUAAGAGGCUCCUCUGUCCUCCACUCGUUACCUGUAUUAAUGGCACCUGUUUGAACUUGUUAUCAGUAUAAAAGACACCUGUCCACAACCUCAAACAGUCACACUCCAAACUCCACUAUGGCCAAGACCAAAGAGCUGUCAAAGGACACCAGAAACAAAAUUGUAGACCUGCACCAGGCUGGGAAGACUGAAUCUGCAAUAGGUAAGCAGCUUGGUUUGAAGAAAUCAACUGUGGGAGCAAUUAUUAGGAAAUGGAAGACAUACAAGACCACUGAUAAUCUCCCUCGAUCUGGGGCUCCACGCAAGAUCUCACCCCGUGGGGUCAAAAUGAUCACAAGAACGGUGAGCAAAAAUCCCAGAACCACACGGGGGGACCUAGUGAAUGACCUGCAGAGAGCUGGGACCAAAGUAACAAAGCCUACCAUCAGUAACACACUACGCCGCCAGGGACUCAAAUCCUGCAGUGCGAGACGUGUCCCCCUGCUUAAGCCAGUACAUGUCCAGGCCCGUCUGAAGUUUGCUAGAGUGCAUUUGGAUGAUCCAGAAGAGGAUUGGGAGAAUGUCAUAUGGUCAGAUGAAACCAAAAUAUAACUUUUUGGUAAAAACUCAACUCGUCGUGUUUGGAGGACAAAGAAUGCUGAGUUGCAUCCAAAGAACACCAUACCUACUGUGAAGCAUGGGGGUGGAAACAUCAUGCUUUGGGGCUGUUUUUCUGCAAAGGGACCAGGACGACUGAUCCGUGUAAAGGAAAGAAUGAAUGGGGCCAUGUAUCGUGAGAUUUUGAGUGAAAACCUCCUUCCAUCAGCAAGGGCAUUGAAGAUGAAACGUGGCUGGGUCUUUCAGCAUGACAAUGAUCCCAAACACACCGCCCGGGCAACGAAGGAGUGGCUUCGUAAGAAGCAUUUCAAGGUCCUGGAGUGGCCUAGCCAGUCUCCAGAUCUCAACCCCAUAGAAAAUCUUUGGAGGGAGUUGAAAGUCCGUGUUGCCCAGUGACAGCCCCAAAACAUCACUGCUCUAGAGGAGAUCUGCAUGGAGCAAUGGGCCAAAAUACCAGCAACAGUGUGUGAAAACCUUGUGAAGACUUACAGAAAACAUUUGACCUGUGUCAUUGCCAACAAAGGGUAUAUAACAAAGUAUUGAGAAACUUUUGUUAUUGACCAAAUACUUAUUUUCCACCAUCAUUUGCAAAUAAAUUCAUUAAAAAUCCUACAAUGUGAUUUUCUGGAUUUUUUUCUUCUCAUUUUGUCUGUCAUAGUUGACGUGUACCUAUGAUGAAAAUUACAGGCCUCUCUCAUCUUUUUAAGUGGGAGAACUUGCACAAUUGGUGGCUGACUAAAUACUUUUUUCCCCCACUGUAUAAUGGCCAUGCAUCGUUUUUGCAAAACAUACCUUGCUUUUUCAUGCCAAAUAGUGUUCCACUUCUGUUGUCAUCUGAUGAAAAUGAAGCUAUUUUCUGCCGAAUGUGUUGCACUAAUGUAGUUUCUUUUGAAGGAAAACUAUAGUUGCACACCCCUGAUCACUAUUGAAGCAAAAAAUCACUGUUGACUUACAAUAUAAAUCACAGGUGAAAUGGUGUAAAUUGCAUGUUUUUUGAUGGUCUGCGUUUAGAAAAUGCAGAUUUCUGAACUCUAUGAGUUGAUUAGUUUAUCAUAGCCUAUGCCUAUGAGACCCAGCCUGCUGUGAAGUACUAAAGCUUUCAAAUGUCUACCUAUUCUGUAGUAUCUUGCAUUAAAAGCUUGCUGAACAAACAACCCCUAGACGGUAGAAAAACCUAAUUCUUCAGCAAAGUGCUAGAGUAGGCUACAGCGCUUUGUUCAGCCAUACUUGAGACGGAAUAGUUCACAAAUCUGAAAAGAAAGCCGGUUGCAGAGUACAUUUUCUCAUCAAAGCACUAACGAAUAGAAAUAAUAAAUUAAUAGUGAAAAGUUUAUUAUCCCAAUCUAUGAUCUCAAAUCUCUGUAAGAAGUUUUAGGUAAUGGCUUAAUGAAUUUCCCUUUUUGCUUUAGACCAAAAAUAGAUACAAAUGCAUUUGUUUUGCAGCCAUCAUGUGAUGUUUGGAAGUUAAUAUAUUUUCAUAGAUAGCUGUCAAAGGUAACUGCUGUAGCUACUGCAGUAUUUUCAUUCUCAACUCUAUUGUCUCCCCCCUUUUCAAAGCAUUGCAACCAGUAGCGCGGUCUCGAAAGAGUUGACUAGGCUGCUGAAGAUCCCAGUGGACACCUACAACAACAUUCUGACUGUUCUGCAGCUUAAGCACUUCCCUCCACUCUUCGAGUACUUUGAUUAUGAGUCCCGCAAAAGCAUGAGCUGUUACGUUCUGAGCAACACUCUGGACUACAACACCACCAUUAUAUCCCAGGAGCAGGUCAGUACACACACCAACAUACACACACACAUACACACACACACACACUGAUAUGUGCUACUUACUUAUAUUUUUGCACGUUACACGUUGAGCUGUGUUCUUUUUCAUAAGUGUUUUCUUGUUGUUUGGCUCUUUUUUACCUUACUUUAUCUGUUUAGGUAGGCAUCAACAAAAGGCUCUUUGUAUUGUAUCCUUCCAAGCAGUCUGCCUACUUAUUUUCAUCAACUCUCUUCAAGAUAUUGGCUGUUCAAGUCAUAAUAACCUUUUCUAUUUGGAAAAGGUCAAUGUGAACCAUGAUUCAGAGCUCUUAGUGGGACUCCAGGAGAACAUUGAUUUCCCAGUAAUGCACCAGGAGAACAUAGAUUUUCCAGUAAUGCCAUAAGAGGCCUUUUUAAAAGCCUUUCUCUCAAACGUACCUUUUUGACCAUUAUAUAACUUCAACUCUAUUAUAAUACACUUGCAGUCUGUUUAUUUUUGUUGCUGCUAUUGCCCUCUCGAGUCUGCUCAAGAAGGCUUAUUGAUGUAGCCUCCUGUAGCUCAGUUGGUAGAGCAUGGUGCUUGCAGGGUUGUGGGUUCGAUUCCCACGGGGGGCCAGUAUGAAAAAUGUAUGCACUCACUAACUGUAAGUCGCUCUGGAUAAGAGCAUUUGCUAAAUGACUAAAAUGUAAAAAUACAGUGCCUUCAGAAAGUAUUUACACCCCUUGACUUUUUACACAUUUUGUUAUGUUACAAAGUGGGAUUUUUUUGUUUAUUUAAUUGCAUUUUUUUCAUGUCAAAGUGGAAAAUUCUAUGAUUUUGAAAUUGUUUAAAAAAAUAUAUAUAUAAAUAUAUACACUACCAUUCAAAAGUUUGGGGUCACUUAGAUAUUUCCUUGUUUUCCAUGAAAACAUACAUGAAAUGAGUUUGAAUAGGAAAUAUAACAAAAUGCAUAGGAAAUGUAGUCAUUGACAAGGUUAGAAAUAAUGAUUUUUAAUAGAAAUAAUAAUUGUGUCCUUCAAACUUUGCUUUCGUCAAAGAAUCCUCAAUUUGCAGCAAUUACAGCUUUGCAGACCUUUGGCAUUCUAGUUGUCAAUUUGUUGAGGUAAUCUGAAGAGAUUUCACCCAAUGCUUCCUGAAGCACCUCCCACAAGUUGGAUUGGCUUGAUGGGCACUUCUUACGUACCAUACGGUCAAGCUGCUCCCACAACAGCUCAAUAGGGUUGAGAUCCAGUGACUAUGCUGGCCACUCCAUUAUAGACAGAAUACCAGCUGACUGCUUCUUCCCUAAAUAGUUCUUGCAUAGUUUGGAGCUGUGCUUUGGGUCAUUGUCCUGUUGUAGGAGGAAAUUGGCUCCAAUCAAGCGCCGUCCACAGGGUAUGGCAUGGCGUUGCAAAAUGGAGUGAUAGCCUUCCUUCUCAAGAUCCCUUUUACCCUGUACAAAUCUCCCACUUUACCACCACCAAAGCACCCCCAGACCAUCACAUUGCCUCCACCAUGCUUGACAGAUGGCAUCAAGCACUCCUCCAGCAUCUUUUCAUUUGGUCUGCGUCUCACAAAUGUUCUUCUUUGUGAUCUGAACACCUCAAACUUCGAUUUGUCUGUCCAUGACACUUUUUUCCAAUCUUCCUCUGUCCAGUGUCUGUGUUCUUUUGACCAUCUUAAUCUUUUCUUUUUAUUGGCCAGUCUUUGAUAUGGCUUUUUCUUUGCAACUCUGCCUAGAAGGUCAGCAUCCCGGAGUCGCCUCUUCACUGUUGACGUUGAGACUGGUGUUUUGCGGGUACUAUUUAAUUAAGCUGCCAGUUGAGGACCUGUGAGGCGUCUGUUUCUCAAACUAGACACACUAAUGUAGUUGUCCUCUUGCUCAGUUGUGCACCGGGGCCUCCCACUCCUCUUUUUAUUCUGGUUACAACCAGUUUGCGCUGUUCUGUGAAGGGAGUAGUACACAGCGUUGUACGAGAUCUUCCGUUUUUUGGCAAUUUCUCGCAUGGAAUAGCCUUCAUUUCUCAGAACAAGAAUAGACUGAUGAGUUUCAGAAGAAAGUUCUUUGUUUCUGGUCAUUUUGAGCCUGUAAUCGAACCCACAAUUGCUGAUGCUCCAGAUACUCAACUAGUCUCAAGAAAGCCAGUUUUAUUGCUUCUUUAAUCAGCACAACAGUUUUCAGCUGUGCCAACAUAAUUGCAAAAGGGUUUUCUAAUGAUCAAUUAGCCUUUUAAAAUGAUAAACACGGAUUAACAAACACAACUUGCCAUUGGAACACAAGACUGAUGGUUGCUGAUAAUGGGCCUCUGUAUGCCUAUGUAGAUAUUCCAUUAAAAAUCUGCCGUUUCCAGCUACAAUAGCCAUUUACAACAUUAACAAUGUCUACACUGUAUUUCUGAUCAAUUUGAUGUUAAUUUAAUGGACAAAAAAAUUGCUUUUCUUUCGAAAACAAGGACAUUUCUAAGUGACCCCAAACUUUUGAACGGUAGUGUAUAUAUCUUGAUUAGAAAAGAUGAGAGAGGCCUGUAAUUUUCAUCAUAGGUACACGUCAACUAUGACAGACAAAUUGAGAAUUUUUGCCAGAAAAUCACAUUGUAGGAUUUUUAAUGAAUUUAUUUGCAAAUUAUGGUGGAAAAUAAGUAUUUGGUCACCUACAAACAAGCAAGAUUUCUGUCUCUCACAGACCUGUAACUUCUUCUUUAAGAGGCUCCUCUGUCCUCCACUCGUUACCUGUAUUAAUGGCACCUGUUUGAACUUGUUAUCAGUAUAAAAGACACCUGUCCACAACCUCAAACAGUCACACUCCAAACUCCACUAUGGCCAAGACCAAAGAGCUGUCAAAGGACACCAGAAACAAAAUUGUAGACCUGCACCAGGCUGGGAAGACUGAAUCUGCAAUAGGUAAGCAGCUUGGUUUGAAGAAAUCAACUGUGGGAGCAAUUAUUAGGAAAUGGAAGACAUACAAGACCACUGAUAAUCUCCCUCGAUCUGGGGCUCCACGCAAGAUCUCACCCCGUGGGUCAAAAUGAUCACAAGAACGGUGAGCAAAAAUCCCAGAACCACACGGGGGGACCUAGUGAAUGACCUGCAGAGAGCUGGGACCAAACUAACAAAGCCUACCAUCAGUAACACACUACGCCGCCAGGGACUCAAAUCCUGCCGUGCCAGACGUGUCCCCCUGCUUAAGCAAGUACAUGUCCAGGCCCGUCUGAAGUUUGCUAGAGUGCAUUUGGAUGAUCCAGAAGAGGAUUGGGAGAAUGUCAUAUGGUCAGAUGAAACCAAAAUAGAACUUUUUGGUAAAAACUCAACUCGUCGUGUUUGGAGGACAAAGAAUGCUGAGUUGCAUCCAAAGAACACCAUACCUACUGUGAAGCAUGGGGGUGGAAACAUCAUGCUUUGGGGCUGUUUUUCUGCAAAGGGACCAGGACGACUGAUCCGUGUAAAGGAAAGAAUGAAUGGGGCCAUGUAUCGUGAGAUUUUGAGUGAAAACCUCCUUCCAUCAGCAAGGGCAUUGAAGAUGAAACGUGGCUGGGUCUUUCAGCAUGACAAUGAUCCCAAACACACCGCCCGGGCAACGAAGGAGUGGCUUCGUAAGAAGCAUUUCAAGGUCCUGGAGUGGCCUAGCCAGUCUCCAGAUCUCAACCCCAUAGAAAAUCUUUGGAGGGAGUUGAAAGUCUGUGUUGCCCAGCAACAGCCCCAAAACAUCACUGCUCUAGAGGAGAUCUGCAUGGAGGAAUGGGCCAAAAUACCAGCAACAGUGUGUGAAAACCUUGUGAAGACUUACAGCAAACGUUUGACCUGUGUCAUUGCCAACAAAGGGUAUAUAACAAAGUAUUGAGAAUCUUUUGUUAUUGACCAAAUACUUAUUUUCCACCAUAAUUUGCAAAUAAAUUCAUUAAAAAUCCUACAAUGUGAUUUUCUGGAAAAAUUUUUUCUCAUUUUGUCUGUCAUAGUUGACGUGUACCUAUGAUGAAAAUUACAGGCCUCUCUCAUCUUUUUAAGUGGGAGAUAUUCAACCCCAUGAGUCAAUACAUGUUAGAAUCACCUUUGGCAGCGAUUUACAGCUGUGAGUGUUUUUGGGUAAGUCUCUAAGAGCUUUGCAUACCUGGAUUGAACAAUAUUUGCCCAUUUAUUCUUUUUUAAAUUCUUCAGGUUCUGUCAAGUUGGUUGUUGAUCAUUUGCUAGACAGCCAUUUUCAAGUCUUGCCAUAGAGUUUCAAGACAAUUUGGCAAAACUGUAACUAGGCCACUCUGGAACAUUCAAUGUCUUCUUGGUAAGCAACUCCAGUGUACGCUACUGGACAAAAGUUUUAGAACACCUACUCUUUCAAGGGUUUUUCUUUAUUUGUACUAUUUUCUACAUUGUAGAAUAAUAGUGAAGACAUCAAAACUAUGAAAUAACACAUAUGGAAUUAUGUAGUAACAAAAAAAUUUUUAAACAAUUCAAAAUAUAUUUUAUAUUUGAGAUUCUUCAAAUAGCCACCCUUUGCCUUGAUGACAGCUUUUUAUCCUAAAUAACUCCCUAGUCCUUCCUGAUGACAAGCAUGCCCAUAACAUGAUGCAGCCACCACCAUGCUUGAAAAUAUGAAGAGUGGUACUCAGUGAUGUCUUGUGUUGGAUUUGCCCCAAACAUAACUCUUUGUAUUCAGGACAAAAAGUUAAUUUCUUUGCCACAUUUUAAGCAGUAUUUCUUUAGUGCCUUAUUGCAAACAGGAUGCAUGUUUUGGAAUAUUUUUGUAUUCUGUACAGGCUUCCUUCUUUUCACUCUGUCAUUUAGGUUAGUAUUCUAGAGUAACUACAAUGUUGUUGAUCCAUCCUCAGCUUUCUCCUAUCACAGCCAUUAAACUGUUUUAAAAUUAACCUCAUGGUGAAAUCCCUGAGCGUUUUCCUUCCUUUCCGGCAACUGCGUUAAGGAGGACGCCUGUAUCUUUGUAGUGACUGGGUGUAUUGAUACACUAUCCAAAGUGUAAUUGAUAACUUCACUAUGCUCAAAGGGAUAUUCAAUGUCUGCUUUUUUUUUAAACUUUCAUUCCAUGCAACUUGUUAAGCACAUUUUUACUCCUGUACUAAUUUAGGCUUGACACAACAAAGGAAUUGAAUACUUAUUGACUCAAGACAUUUAAGAUUUAAAGCAAAAGUCCACUUUUACAUUAUGGGGUAUUGUGUGUGUAGGCCAGUGACACAAUCUCAAUUUGAUCACAUUUUAUUUCAGGCUUUAACAACAAUAUGUGGAAAAAGUCAAGGGGUGUGAGUACUUUCUGAAAGCACUGUAAAUAUCUCACUGCUGAAGCAACGCUUUCUCUCUCCCUCAAGGUGGAUGCCAUCCUGACCCUGGUGUCGACACUGAUCCAGGACCAGCCAGACCAGCCCGCUGAAGACCCAGACCCAGAGGACUUUGCUGAGGAGCAGAGCCUUGUGGGUCGCUUCAUCCAUCUGCUGCUUUCCGACGACCCUGACCAACAGUAUCUGGUAAGCUUUGCUUCUCAUACAGUUGAAUUCCGUCACAGUAUCCAUGUGUUUUCAGGAGAUGUGUUUUAUGGCAUAUGUUAAUGGAGGUCUCCGUCAUGUUCUUCAGAUCCUGAAUACAGCCAGGAAGCACUUUGGUGCUGGGGGGAACCAGAGGAUUCGCUACACUCUUCCACCGCUUGUGUUUGCUGCCUAUCAGCUGGCUUUCCGCUACAAAGAGAACUCUUCAUCAGUACGUCACGUAACCCUUCCCCUAACUAUACUGAACAAAUAUAUAAACGCAACAUGUAAAGUGUUGGUCCCAUGUUUCAUUAGCUGAAAUAUAAGAUCCCAGAAAUGUUCCAUACACACAAAAAGCUUAUUUAUCUCAAAUGUUGUGCACUAAUUUGUUUACAUGCCUGUUAGUGAGCAUUUCUCCUUUGCCAAGAUAAUCCAUCCACCUGACAGGUAUGAGAUAUAAAGAAGCUGAUUAAACAGCAUGAUCACUACACAGGUGCACCUUGUGCUGGGGACAAUAAAAUGCCACUCUAAAAUGUGCAGUUUUGUCACACAACACAAUGCCACAGAUGUUUCAAGUUUUGAAGGCGCGUGCAAUUGGCAUGCUGACUGCAGGAAUGUCCAACAGAGCUGUUGCCAGAGAAUUGAAUGUUCAGUUCUCUACCAUAAGCCGCCUCCAACGUCGUUUUAGAGAAUUUGGCAGUACAUCCAACCGGCCUCACAAGCGCAGACCACGUGUAACCACGCCAGCCCAGGACCACCACAUCCGGCUUCUUCACCUGCGGGAUCGUCUGAAGAGGGGGUGCUGAGAAGUAUUUCUGUCUAAGAAAGCCUUUUUGUGGGGAAAAACUCAUUCUGAUUGGCUGGGCCUGGCUCCCCAGUGGGUGGACCUGGCUCCCAAGUGGGUGGGCCUACGCCCUCCCAGGCCCACCAAUGGCUGGGCACCCUGCCCAGUCAUGUGAAAUCCAUAGAUUAGGGGCUAAUUAAUUUAUUUCAAUUGACAGAUUUCCUUCUAUGAAGUGUAACUCAGUAAAAUCUUUGAAAUUGUUGCAUGUUGCGUUUAUAUUUUUGUUCAUUAUACAUAUAGUUUUGUUACAAAGUUAGGAAGAGGAUGAUUUAUGAUAAACAGGAAGGUGGAUUUUAACUGUUUAUUCUUUGUUGAACACGUCCCACAGGAUGAUAAAUGGGAGAAGAAGUGCCAGAAGAUCUUCUCGUUUGCCCACCAAACCAUCAGUGCUCUGAUCAAGGCUGAGCUGGCUGAGCUGCCCCUCAGACUCUUCCUACAGGGGGCGCUGGCCGCAGGAGAGAUUGGCUUCGAGAACCACGAGACUGUGGCCUACGAGUUCAUGUCACAGGUACAGGGAACAAAAUGGGUUGAGAAUGUGAAAUAUUGGAAAGAGGGAGGGAGAGGGGUCACUGCCCCUCUUCGCCUUAGGUUUACUUGUGCCCUGUGUUGGCAGCAUUGAUCCAUUUCACAGUCAGAUUUCACAGUCAGGAAUACAACUGUCCCCCCCCCCCCCCCCCCCCAGGCCUUCUCCCUGUAUGAGGAUGAGAUCAGCGACUCCAAGGCUCAGCUAGCAGCCAUCACGCUGAUCAUCGGCACAUUUGAGAGAACGAAAUGCUUCAGCGAGGAGAACCACGAGCCUCUGAGGACACAGUGUGCACUCGCCGCCUCCAAACUGCUCAAGAAGCCAGACCAGUGUCGGGCCGUCAGCAUCUGUGCACACCUCUUCUGGUCCGGACGCAACACUGAAAAGAAUGGAGAGGAGGUGGGGGUUGUGAUCACAAAGAGGAUAAAUAUAUAAUUAUUGUGUAAAAUACAGUGCAGUACUAAAGAGGAUGGUGUCACCAUAGCAACAGGACAUGCAGUCUUGAGACUGAUUGCCUUGCUUUGUCUUCUGUUCUGAAAGAAAUCCCCAUAUGACAAGCAGGGUUGUAAUUCUAAGGUUCCUUGUGUAUAAUGAUAUACAUAAUCAGAGUAUUGAAGCGUGGGAAAUGCAGUAAGAGGUUCUCUUUGUUCUAUGAUUGGCUGCUGCUUAAGUGAUAACGAACACAUAACACUUAUAUUCUGAGUUUCAACUUCCUCUUUCUUCAUUACAGGUGAAUGCGUGGUAGAAGAGUUUUACACCUCAACUGUGUCUCUGUCCUCAGAUUCGUGACGGGAAAAGGGUGAUGGAGUGCUUAAAGAAGGCCCUGAAAAUUGCCAACCAGUGCAUGGACCCGUCAUUGCAAGUGCAGCUCUUCAUUGAGAUCCUGAACAGAUACGUCUGUUUCUACGAAAGAGAGAAUGAUGCGGUAUGUGCAUAUUUCUUCCCUCUUGUCCUCCUCGUCUGUACUACCACUCAUUCCUGACACGCCUUUUCAGAACCAGGCCUGCAUAAUGAAAUCCUGACAUAUUUUCAAUGCACUUCAAGUGCAGACGGUCACAUUGAGCUGCCUGGAGAGAAGCCAUCCAAUCUCCCCUGUUCUCUGAGUUUAUUGGAACCGUGUUGGGACUUGCUAGGACACCAAGGGGACGCCCACUCUUGGGUGGUUAUUUACCAGCGCAGCAAGGAGGGAAGGACAGGAGACAGGCUACAGCUCACCCACCCACUCUCCCCAGACAUACACCCCAUAUGCCGCUUAACAGCUAGACAGGGUACUAGGCCUCCAGGGACUGAGAACGGGCUCCAUAGUCAGGACAAUUUGAGACACUGACAUAAUUUCUUCCCCUAAAUCAUUAUAGAACUUUUGUCUUAUAACUUAGUAUAUUUCUGCAUAUCUAGGUAAUACAUUGUUCUUUUUUUUCUCACCUAUUUCAACCCAUUUUGAAAUUAUUAUUUAAAAUCAUUAAAUGUCUUGAUCCCCUGUAGGUGACGGUCCAGGUUCUGAACCAGCUGAUCCAGAAGAUCAGAGAGGACCUGCCAAACCUGGAGGCCAGCGAGGAGACGGAGCAGAUCAACAAACACUUCCACAACACACUGGAGCACCUGCGUCUGCAGAGAGAGUCGCCGGAGGCCGAGGGGCCUGCUUAUGAGGGCCUGGUGCUGUAGGGCUCGCUACACUUAUAAAUAUAUAUAUAUAUUUACACACACAGACACAUGUACACUCACACCAGGGUAUUCCAUCCAGUGGGAAAAAUAUGCCAACCCCACCAACAACACCUGCCUUCCAUCUCGCUCUUUCUUUCUAUCCUUUUCUUCUCUCACUCUUUCCUUCUAUCAUCCCCCUUUAUUUCAUGUUACCUUUUUUAGCAUAAGGUGUUGCAUUUAAAGGUGUUGCUUUUGAGAAUACAUGGUGUACAGGCUGCACUUUGCCUUGCACUUCCUGCGUGUUGUCAGUCCUUCAUAUUUGACCAUUCCUGUUGUCCAUCGUCAUCCUCAGAAGGCGAAGAUCUAGCCAUUUAAAAGCUUAAAGUUUAAACUUUGACCCCUACUCAUAUCUGUCUGUGCGUCCUCAUGAUUUAAUGGUCAUGCAGAAUAAUUAAAUAAUGCCUGUCAUUACUAGGUCGUACUGGGGAGAGUUAUCCCAUUGACCUUACGCUGUGACCCAACAACCCCUUCUCCACGGACUAACACCUGGGCAGUCGGCUGUAGAUUUUUCUUUGCCCUCCUCUCUCUCUCUCUCCUCAACGGCUUCACUCAUUUAGCUUGAGCUUUUUUUAUUUCUGGUUGCAGCCUUACUUCUGUGGCUGACAGCCAUUUGUAGAGAGUUAAGCGGCGUGUGUUGGUGCAUGCUUUUACAUAGACCUGCUCUGGAUAUCGCGAUGAGUGGUAGGAGGAACUGAUGUGUAUGAUACCCCUUUGUCACUGGAGCUACUACAGUGGCAACUAACCUUAAUUUCUUAGAUGUCCACAUUGAUUAAAAGAUCUCUGUUGGGGGUGGGUUCUAUUAAUCUUGUCUUCUGGAUUUUGAACCCUGUGUAUUGUAUGUUUAACCUACUUGUAAAUCAGCAAAAACAGAAUAAAUAUCAUGUCAUUUGCACAAAUAAACAAAUUGAUAUUAACCCUACA